GCUGCCAAUUCUACUGUUGCAACAGUCUUCUGCAAGCAAAACUUCAUCCCACACAUUGACAUCUGUAUUCAGAAGGCCUGACAGAUAUAAGAAGCAAACCCUAACGAGAAGGCUCUUUAGUAGAAGAAAAACAUGGCCAAGGGGAAGAUCUCUUCUCCAUGUGAGCCAUGACAGUAUGGUGGACUGUUUGAGUCGAGUCAUGCUGCACACAGCCGUGUCUUGCUGGCAGCCUUUGCUGGGGCUCGCCUUGGUGGCCGUGUUCGUGGGCUCCACUCUGGCCUGCCCCGCCCGCUGCGAGUGCUCCGCCCAGAGCCGCUCUGUAAUUUGCCACCGCAAGCGCUACAACGCCAUCCCUGAUGGAGUCCCAAUUGAGACACGAAUCCUUGAUCUCAGCAAGAAUCGCAUUCCAGCAGUCAACCCUGAUGACUUUGCUGCAUAUCCACACAUAGAAGAACUGGACCUGAGUGGGAAUAUCAUUGCCUAUGUUGAGCCCGGAGCCUUCAACUCACUCUACAGCCUCCAAACACUGAGUUUAAAGAGCAACCGCAUCAAGCUCCUCUCUUUAGGUGUCUUCUCCGGCCUCUCCAACCUGACAAACCUGGAUAUCAGCGACAACAAAGUUGUCAUUCUGGUGGACUAUAUGUUCCAGGACCUGCGCAACCUCAGGUCAUUGGAAAUUGGAGACAAUGAGCUAAUCUAUAUCUCCCAUCGGGCCUUCAGUGGACUAUUGUCACUGGAGAACCUGACACUGGAGCGCUGUAACUUGACGGUGGUGCCCACAGAUGCCCUGUCCCACCUGCACAACCUGGUGAGCCUACAUAUGCGCUACCUCAGUAUCAGCACUCUACACCCCUACUCCUUCAAGAAGCUGUUCCACCUUCGUCACCUAGAAAUUGACAACUGGCCAUCUCUGGAUGCGGUCCCUAUUAAUUCACUGCAUGGCCUCAACCUCACCACACUUUCUAUUACCAACACCAACCUGUCUACUUUCCCUUACCAGGCUCUUCGCCACCUGCCUUACCUCACACACCUUAACCUCUCCUACAGUCACAUUCGGGUGGUGGAGGGUGGCCUGCUUAAGGACCUAGUGCGAUUGCAUGAGCUCAGGUUGGCUGGAUCUCAACUGGUGUCCAUCGAACCCUAUGCUUUCCAGGGCAUCCGCUGGCUCCGUUUGCUAAAUGUCUCCCAAAACCGCCUUGAUACCCUGGAGAGGGGGGUAUUCCAUGCUCCUGAGGCCCUAGAGGUGCUGUUGAUCAACAACAAUCCUCUGGUGUGUGACUGCCGUCUCAUGUGGUUGCUGCAAAGGCGCCAUUCAAUUUCUUUUGGGGACACCCAGCCCGAGUGCAGCACUCCGGAAGGAAUCCAAGGACGUCCCUUCAAAGAGUUCAAAGAGACUCUGCUAUCUUACUACGUGACCUGCAGCAAGCCGAAGAUCCGAGAAAAUCGAACUCAGAUGGUGUCCGUGGAGGAGGGACAGUCGGCCCGAUUACACUGCAGUGCAGAUGGAACCCCGAGGCCCACUAUUUCCUGGGUCACCCCACGCCGGAGACACCUGACUACCAGGAGCCAUGGAAGGGUGACAGUUCACAACAACGGCUCGUUGGAUAUCAAGGCAGCAGAGGUUCAGGAUGACGGUGUGUAUAUGUGUGUAGCCUCUAGCACAGCAGGCAAUGACACUCUUAUGGUAUCACUGGCAGUGAAAAGUCUGGGCUCGCUGUAUGCCAACAGGACCCAGCAUUAUACGGAUACAAGCAAUGCCACUGCCAAUGGUACCAACCUCCCCAAUGUGACCUUUGGCCUGGACCUAAAAACUAUCUUAGUUUCUACAGCCAUGGGCUGUUUCACAUUCCUAGGAGUGGUUCUCUUCUGCUUCCUGCUCCUGUUUGUAUGGAGUCGAGGAAAAGGCAAACAUAAAAACAACAUUGAUAUUGAGUACGUGCCACGCUCAAAGUCCAAUGGGACCUCCGCUGAAGAGGCAGACCAGGGUGCUGGGCCACGUCGAUUUAACAUGAAAAUGAUUUAAGACAUUGAAAGUAAUACCAGUGGGAAUUUACGCUGAUCUCUGUUUUGCAUAUGAAACCUUGAACAGCUUCAGAUCAAUGCCUGGAAACUCAAUAGUUCCUACUAUUCACUCCAGGUUUUGGUUAAGCCUGGACUUCACUGGAUGCGCAAGGAGAAUAAUAUGUGUCAAUAGAGAACAAUUUUCAAUUUGUAUGAAACCCUCUUGGUAGGAGGGGGUGUUCAC